AUGUAUAGUUGUAAACAUAAUCAACUUGGUACUGUACUCUUUGUGCUUGUGUCAUUGACACUGGCAUUCAAUUGUUCAACAACAGCAGCAGCAGAUCUGAAUCCAAAAGAAUUGGCAUCAAUUCGAUGGAUAAUCCAACAAUAUCAAAUAGGAUGGAACUUGACUGGUACUACAUGUCAACAGAUUAGUCCAGGGGCAAUCAGUCUCACUUGUCUAGUUGACAAGGCCAAGAAUGAGGAAUCAAUCACUAGAAUAUCAAUUAAUAAUCUACCAGUGGUGAAUCAAGGCAAUCCAGACCCCAACUUAGUCUCAUUGAUCUUUCCAAACGUCACCUACUUCUCAUUGAACAACCUUGUCCGUGUCAAUAAGAGUUUCCACAUACUAAGCCUUGUGGACAACCCAGAAAACAGUAAAUGGGCUAGCAUUGGCUUGUCAAGCCAGCUUGCUGAUCCAAUUGUAAUUCCAGACACAUUCCCAAUAUAUUUGAAACUUACCGCUUUCCAAAUGUCUGCCGUUAGGUUUGCAUCAAAUGUACCUCAGUCCUUGUUCUCAACACCAACGUUGAUCAACUUCUCAUUGUUGAAUAUAGACUUUACCAGUCCAAACUUUACUAUAAUGUUUGAUACAACAUUGGUUUAUCCCAAAAUGAAAUCAAUCCAGAUAGCCUUUAAUAAUCCACCAGCAUAUACCAAAUUUGUAUAUGAUGAUUAUCAUUUCCCUUCCUUAAGCAUGGUUCAAUACAACUCUUUAUAUCCAUACAAUGUGACCAUUGACCACUCGAACGUAACCGAUAUCCAAUUCUCUGCCAUCAAGUUAUAUAAUGCCAACAGUACCUUUGUCACAUUAGCCAGAGCACCAGCUGCCAAAUCAAUGGGAAUGUACUUUGUCACAUUCACAUCCAACAUCACACACUUGUCAGUUCUGGAUACAGUGAGAUUGUCCAACACCAAUGAGAUCGUUGCGGCCAAGAAUUUAAUGCUAGUACAAUACGCUGGUCCAACAUUCACCAGGUUUCCAUAUCCCAAUAUAUUGUCCAAUUUUGGUUCCAAAGUGUGA